AGAGGACCAACCAUUUUAGAAACAUUAAGCGGUCUGAAUUGUUCCUUUGUUUUCCAAGGAGGUCCUGUAGCAGAGAAUCGGAAAUGGCGGAAGAGGGAGCCGUGAUCGCAUGCCACACCGUUGAAGAAUGGAAACGCCAGCUUGAGGUGGCUAAGGAGUCCAGCAAACUGGUUAUAGUGGAUUUUACUGCUACCUGGUGCGGCCCCUGCCGCUUCAUCGCCCCAAUUUUCGCUGAUCUCGCCAAGAAGUUCACUGAAGCCAUCUUCCUCAAAGUCGACGUCGACGAACUGAAGGAGGUUUCCGCAGAAUGGAAGGUGGAGGCAAUGCCAACCUUCCUCUUCCUGAAAGACGGCCAACUUGUGGACAAGAUGGUGGGUGCUCACAAGGAAGUACUCCCUAACAAGAUUGAGCUCCUACUCAAGAAACAGUGACGUUUUAUCUGUUUUUGUGUUUAGCAGAGUAGCACGUUACUUUAUGUCUGUCUGCAACCUUUUUAUUGCCUGCAAUCUUUAUCCAAAUAAAGACUUAUUGUAACCUUGGAUUUUUCCAUGGGGUUUUUUAUCUUCUUACACUAUAUAUCUUGUUUUGUGUUGUAAUGCAACUAUGUUUUCUCUAUACUGCAGUUUACUCUGGUUUCGAAGAAA